AUGUCAGACCGCACCGCAACCAACUCCACAAACGGCGGAGCCCCCGAAGACCGCAACGGAGGCCGCCAGACCGAGUCGUCAGGCAGGGAGAAUGCAAGCGAACACACCAACGACUCACCUGAGCGCCGUCAGGAGAUCCUUCAGCAGGAAGUCGACCUGAACUACUACCGGAAGCUCCUGGAAGACUUGGUCGCCGUCAUUCGUGACGCUCAUAGCGAGUCCAUCGCUCGGAUCAUCUCGCUCAUUCGUUCCGGGGCGUCGAACGAGGACAUCCACAUCGCCCUUCAACACAUCCAAGACGAGAGCUGA